CGUCUAUAUUAGCUGGAUGCAUUUUAAGCAAUUUUUCGUGUAAAAUAAAUAUAAUAUUUUAUAAUGGUCUGUAUCGGAAGAAUAUUUUGAUUUAGUACUUAGAUGAAAGUAUUUAAAUAGUUAAUUAUAUUAGUAUUAUGUCUUCUCAACUUGGAGAAGAUAUUGCUGACAUAGCCAUGACACGAACCGACGCUGAUUCGUCUCAAACACACGAAGCCUCCUCUAGUGCAAAUGCCGAUGAUGCAUCAUCAAGCAAUGCAGCAACUCCAGCGAGUAGUGAAGGACAAGCAUCCAGGCAGUCUAACCUACAACGUAUCCAACAGAGAAAACAGCAAGUCUAUAACUGGCCACAUGCAAAGAAACUGCUUAAACUAGCUAUUUACUCAUCUUGUCAAACACCAGAUUGUAAUUGUACUGGUUGGAAAACACCGCUACCACAGCAAACUAAUAAAACAAAUAAUCGCACAGACAAUCAACCGAUAGCAAGUUUCACUGAUCUUUGUCGAAACUGCAACCAUAUUCUAGAAAAACAUGUAACUCAGUUAGAAGCACUCUCUGCCGCGGAGGUGAAUCGGCUUCUUGGGGCGGUGGUCGAUGUGGAAAAUAUUUUCAUGUCCAUGCACAGAGAAGAUGACCAUGAUACAAAACGGGUUUACUAUUAUCUCUUUAAGCUCCUACGCAAAUGUAUCCUCUCUCGAAGCCAGCCUCGCAUCGAAGGACCACUAGGACAGCCUCCCUUCGAGCGACCCUCUAUAGCAAAGGCGAUCACAAACUUUGUCCUAUACAAGUUUAACUCUCUACCUCAGAGGGAGUGGCAGACCAUGUACGACCUAGCCAAGAUGUUUCUGCAUUGUUUCAAUCAUUGGAAUUUUGAAACGCCUAGUGUUAGAAAACUGCAAGUUUCUAACCCGGAAGACAUAUCAGCUUACCAAAUUAAUUAUACAAGAUGGUUAGUUUUCUGCCACGUGCCAGCGUUCUGCGACUCUCUUCCGCAUUAUGAAACAUCGAUAGUAUUCGGACGGACUUUACUAAGAGCCGUUUUCAAGUCGGUCUGUCGACAGUUAAUGGAUAAAUGUCAUUCCGAAAGAGAUAGGAUGCCACCGGAGAAGAGAGUACUAGUUUUAAACCACUUCCCGCGUUUCCUGGGUCUUUUGGAGGAGGAAAUAUUCAGCGCUAACUCGCCAAUUUGGGAUCCCGACUUCAAGCAAAUGCCACCUGUGCAUUUACAAGCUAUCAUAGAUAAUAAAACCACUGGAAGACGCACCGGUGAAUUCGAGCGAGUCACGGCGUCCGGGGAUAGUAAGGAUGGUUUCACUACUGUCUCGCUUUCAUCGGGGUCGAUUAAACAGGAAGGUCUGAAACGAUCGAACGAGCGAAGUGGUGACCAGGGCGGCAAGCGGAGGAGGCUCGACGACGGAGCCGAAGACGUCAGCGAACGAACCGUCGCCGACAUCGUCGCCACCAUCUCCGACCCCAACUAUAUGUGCGGACCUGACGCCUUAUUCCAAAUGCAGGCGCCAAGAGAUGAAGCGGCCAAGUUGGAAGAACAGCGAAAGCUCAUUGAGUUUCACGUCAUCGGCAACUCGUUGACUGGGCCGGUCAAUAAACAGACCAUGCUGUGGCUCAUUGGUCUUCAUAAUGUUUUCUCUCACCAAUUACCUGAAAUGACUAAGGAAUACAUAUCACAAUUAGUAUUUGAUCCAAAACACAAAACUCUGGCUCUGAUCAAAGAAGGAAGACCAAUCGGUGGCAUUUGUUUUCGAACGUUCCAUUCACAGGGUUUCAGUGAAAUAGUAUUCUGUGCUGUAACCUCGAACGAGCAAGUGAAGGGAUACGGAACACAUCUAAUGAACCACCUGAAGGAUUAUCACAUCCGGAAUAAUAUUCUGCAUUUUCUUACGUUUGCUGAUGAAUUUGCUAUAGGUUAUUUCAAGAAGCAGGGCUUCAGCAAAGACAUUAAGUUGCCCCGUGCCAUGUUCUCCGGGUACAUCAAGGACUACGAGGGCGCUACUCUCAUGCACUGCGAGCUCAAUCCGCGCAUCGUCUAUACACAUUUCACAGCCGUCAUCCGACGACAGAAAGAGAUAGUGAAGAAAUUGAUCGAUAUGCGGCAAAAAGAAGUUCGAAAAAUACACCCUGGAUUAAGUUGUUUUAAAGAAGGGGUGCGCAGUAUCCCAGUGGAGUGCAUCCCUGGCGUGCGUGAGGCGGGGUGGCGUGACGUGCGCGCGACGCGGACACCCGCCGACACCGACGCCGACCCCGCCGCCCUGCGAGCCGUACUGCACGCGGUUAAGAACCACGCCGCGGCUUGGCCCUUUUUAAAACCUGUCGAUAAAACUGAAGUACCUGACUACUAUGAUCACAUCAAAUAUCCAAUGGACCUGCGCACGGUGGGCGAGCGGCUGAAGGCGCGCUACUACUCGUCGCGGCGACUGUUCGCGGCGGACAUGGCGCGCAUCUUCUCCAACUGCCGCCUCUACAACUCGCCCGACACGGACUACUACAGAUGCGCCAACACCUUAGAGAAAUACUUCCAAGCGAAGAUGAAGGAAGGCGGCCUCUGGGAGAAAUGAUCGGAGUUUAACUUCGACGAUUUCUUCUUCAAGGAGCUCUGCGCCGCUCAGGGGAUCAAGGAAAUCGUCUGAACGAUAAAAUAAAUGACAAAUACGUUGAAAAUAUUAAAUCGUUGUAAAUAUAUUACGGUAUCGUACACUCUAAUUUAUCUUAAUGAUAGGAGUUUAGACGUAAGUCAUAUUGAAAUAGUUUUUGAAUUAUGAAUGUUGUUCGAGGUCGAGGUAAUACAUUGAAAUGUAAAUCUUUGCACUUGUAAUAUUGAAUGUAGUCCAUUAAUUGUGAUAAUAGUAAGCUUCUUAUAAUAAUAAUAAUGUUAAAAGUUAAUAGAAAAUCCUUAGAUUAAUGUUUUAAACGAAUUAAAUUGUUAAUUUAGGCUAAUUGAUUACACCCUUGCUAUGUAUGAAGCAAGUCGUUAUUUUUAAUAUCUUAUGAAAAUAUGUAUUUUACUCAUUAAUACAUAUGUAGGCAAUAAUAAACGCCUCGUAGUGUUGUAGCGGUUAUAUAUCUUACAAUAAAACGCUAUUAUUCAAUA